AUGUCGCGCAACUCCGUCGCGAUGGGUUACAAUAACCGCAUGAGCCAGCAAUUCCAAGGCAACCAGCAUCAUGGUCGAGGUCGCAAGAAGGAGGACGAGAAUGACGCCCUGAUGCGCCUGCCCGACAAAGAGAUCGCAGGAUGUAUUAAUGACAUCGGUAUCCCGUUCACACUGGCCGACCUGGCUAAACCGAACCCCCAGCAGAUCCAGAUGGUGUUCGAAUGGUUUGCAGAGCUGCUCAUGAACACGACGCGGGAGACUGUGGAACCGGCAAUGCAUGCUGCUGCGGAAGAUCUAUGCGGCGACUACCCUGAUAUAGUCCCCAACGAUACCCGCAAUCUCAUGGGUUUCUUCGUGAUGCUCCGAAAGCUUCUAGCGGAGGUAUUUGCGCGUGAUCGGUUACGAAACUAUGAGAAAUAUGCUAACUCUUCUGGCCCCAAACAGUGCGGUGUCAACGACUUCACUUUCACAGACCUGACCAAACCGACGCAUGAACGACUCGUCAAAAUCUUCUCCUACCUAAUAAACUUUGUUCGAUUCCGAGAAUCACAAACACCUGUGAUUGACGAACAUUUCAACAAGACCGAGAAAACGAAAUCGCGCAUUGACGAACUUCUGGCCGAAAACCAGGAAAUGGAGUUGCGGCUGAGGGAGAUGCGACAGGAUCUCCAGGCGAACGAAGCGCAUGUGAGGGAAAAGGUUGCUCGAAACGAUGCACUCAAGGCACGUUUAUUGGAACUUGGUCGCGAGCAGUCGCGAGUCGCAGAAACCCUUGAUCGAGUCAAGACGGAAAGAGCACGGCGACAGCAGCAGUUGGAAGAGAAGACCGAACGAACUGUCCGUUCACGACAAGAAGCCGAGAAGCUGCGGCCUUAUGUGCUCGAGUCUCCGGCUACCCUCCAGACAUCAUUGGCUGAAUUGUCUGAGCACUUGAUGCGCGAGAAAGCCUCUAUUGAUGUGAUGGAGAGGCGGGCUCGCGCACUCCAAACCUCCUCGGACACCUUUACCGUCGUUUCCAACGAUGUGCAAGGGUGUGUCAAAUUGCUCGAUGAUAUUGCUGCCGAACUGCAAAAAGAGGAAGAGGAGGAGUCCCGGGCCGCUAGAACCACAGAGGCCAUCUCCGAAAGGGGGAACAGUGUUCGUGAAGUAGAGCAGACUGAGAAGCUCCUGCAACGUCAACUGGCCCGUUGGGUCGAACGAAUUCAGACACUCCAGAAAAAUGCCCAGGAGAAAGCUGAACUGGCACAGGCACGCAUGGAGGAACUCCGGAAUGUCCAAAAACAACUUCGUGAGGAGCGUGCAGAAAAGCAACGUGACAUGGAGCGGAGACGUAUUCGCAUUGAACAGACAGAGAAGAAGAUGGCCGACCUCAAGGAGAACAUUGAGAGCGAGAUUCAAGCAGCGCACGACCAGUACUUGAAGCUCGAGUCACAUAUCAAGCUGUACAUAUCAGAGAUGGAGAAGUCUCUGUGA